UCCCGCGCCAAAAACAACACGCCGCAUCUCUUUCCCACUUCUCUUCUUCCCCUUGUUUACACGCUCCACGGAUUCUCGCUUCCAAGCAGAGGAAAAAACCCAACGCUGAGCCGAUGUGCGGGGGUGCAAUCAUCUACGACUACAUCCCGGCGCGCCGCCGGGUGUGCGCCUCCGACUUCUGGCCCGACGCCGACGACUCCGACCCCCACGCCCCCGAGAAAGCGCCGCGCGCGAAGCGGGAGCGGAAGAACCAGUACCGCGGGAUCAGGCAGCGGCCGUGGGGGAAGUGGGCGGCGGAGAUCCGCGACCCCGUGAAGGGGGUGCGCGUCUGGCUCGGCACCUACCCGACCGCCGAGGCCGCCGCCAGGGCCUACGACCGCGCCGCGCGCCGCAUCAGGGGAGCUAAGGCCAAGGUCAACUUCCCCAACGACGUCGCUACCGCCGCCGCCGCCGCCCCCGCGCCUGCUGCGGCGCCGGUGACGGCCCGCGCCGCGGCGCCCGCGACCGCCGUGCUCCCGCCGCCCAAGACGGAGGCGGUGUCCGAGGGCGCCGCCUGCUCCGACGAGGUCAAGGAGCUGUCCGAGGAGCUGCUGGCGUACGAGAACUACAUGAACUUCCUCGGCAUCCCCUACAUGGAGGGCGGGGCCGCCCCUGCAGGCGGCGCCGGCGGCGAGGAAGCCGCCGCGCCGGCCGGGCUCUGGACCUUCGAGGACUACGAGCUGCCGUCGUUAGCGCUCUAGUAAUGUCGAAAUAAAAUGACAUGAUGUGAAAAAAAGAAUUUUCCUACCCGUAGUAAGUGACCAGUGUCCUUUUUUAUCGUAUUCAUGCGUUUUUUGUUGAAUUAAUCCAUUGUUGAAGCUGUAACUGUGCAUGGUCGGCGCCGCCCGUCCAAGUGAAGUUUUUGCUAAAUCCAAAUUCUCCCAUGUAAAUGAAAUUCCCAGUUAACUCAUCUUGCAGUUCU